AACACUGACAGAACAAUGUGAGACUGUCUGGUGUCGGUUUAACCCUGUAUCCUCCGUGAACCUACGGAACCAGAAGAUGAUCAGUUCAUGAUCGGCUCAGUUCUGAUCAACAGCGAUUCUGAGGACAGCGACACUCCAUCACUGAAGAAGCUGUCAUGGUGGACCUGUUUCUGGGGAAGGUUCUGGUGAAGAACAAUAAAGACAGAGACGAGCUGGACACGGAGCGCGAGAUCAUCCUGCGGCUCCAGAACCGCAUCCUCAUGCUGUUCUUCGGCUCCGGCGAGUGCGACAAGUGCCAGGAGUUUGCACCAACGCUCAAAGACUUCUUCAAGAAGCUCACGGAUGAGUUUUACGUGGAGCGAUCGGCUCAGCUGGUCCUGCUGUACAUCUCGCUGGACGACUCCGAGGAGCAGCAGGAGAAGUUCUUGAAGGAGCUGCCCAAACGCUGCCUGUUCCUGACCUAUGAGGACCCCUACAGGCAGGAGCUGAGCAUGAUGUUCGAAGUGCAGGAUCUGCCCAGGGUGGUGGUUUUGCGUCCGGACUGCUCUGUUCUCACAGCUGACGCCGUGGCGGAAAUCUGUAAACUGGGGCCGGACUGCUACCGCAACUGGCAGGAAGGGGCGGAGCUUAUCGACAGGAACUUCAUGAUGAACGAGGAGUUUGACGAGGGCAAAAUGCGCAGCAUGACCGACCCCAUCCGACGAGUCAAAUACAAGGUGGAGGACAAGAAGAAGAAGAAGAAAAAAAAGAAAAAGAAGAAGGAUGGGGUGAGUGUGGAGGAGGAAGAGGACGAGGAUGGAGAUGAAGAUGGAAAUGAUGGAGGAGGAGGUUGGGGCUGAGGUUAGGACAUUGGAUGCUCUAAUAACUAUUAUCAAAAUGGACAGAAGCCACGAGUAAG